AUGUCGCUCGCAACAAGAAGAUACAUUUCAACAGCAACAAAGACUUCAAAAUGUCUAAUCCGUCCGAUUUCCACAAUCAACAGACCCCGAUACAGCAUCGCAAUUAACAAAACUAUCUCUCAACAUCAAACAUCCUCCUCAAUAACACCUCGCAUCCAAAAAACACUCACCCAACUACAACGACACACCUUCACAACCUCCGCUGUCCUUAGCAAGAAAAAAGACAAAAGCAAACGCAACGACGAUGCUGAGUCUUCGCCUGCUACCACAGGAGGUGGUGGAGGAGGAGGAGGAGCAGCAGACCCUUUUGAUUUUUCGCAACUACAAACUGGAAUUUCAGAUGCUCUGACACGAUUCAAAGAAGACUUGCAAAAACUACGAUCAGGCGGCGGUGGCCGACUCAACCCUGAAGUCAUUGAGCAAUUGCGCGUGCAUAUCGUCAAGGGGAGCAAUGAAACUGUGCGAUUGAGCGAAGUUGCGCAGGUAGUGCCCAAGGGUGGACGGGCUGUUGCUAUUAUCAUUGGUGAAGAGGACCUCAUCAAACCCGUAAACUCAGCCAUAAUUUCCUCCAGCCUCUCUCUCACCCCUCAACCCGACGCCCACAACCCAUUACAACUCAACGUACCAAUCCCACCACCAACCAAGGAAUCCCGCGACCAAGCUGUAAAAGCAGCAAAGGGAGCAAUGGACAAAGCCGCGAGCGCGGUUCGAAGUGCGCGCGCAGCAAUCCACAAGAAAUUACAGGACAUGCAGAAACGUAAAGAGGCGAGACCGGAUGAUAUUCGGAAAGCGCAUGAUCAGAUGGAGAAGUUGGUUGAGAAGGCGCAGAAGGAUGUCAAGGAUACGUUUGAAUCUGCGAGGAAGGGGAUGGAGCAAGCUUAA